AUGAGUGUCGGCGAUUUGUUGGAAGAUUCGCUCGACGUGUGCGACAGCAGUUCGGCCGAUUCCUUCACCAGUAUUCAGUUUCUAUUUCGUGCCUAUUUGAUGCCAAUUACGUACUUAUUCGGAAUUUUCGCAAACACUAUCAAUGUAAUAGUGUUUUCACAUAAAACGAUGCGAAGCCAGCCGGUGAACUGGUUCUUCCUCGUGCUUUCCAUCAGCGAUCUUACCGUACUGAUCGCCUCUUUCUUUGUCUUCUCAGUUCCCGUUUAUGCUGAAGUGGCAGAUGAUGUUGACAUGGCGCGGAACUCGGCCGUACUGAUCGUAUGGUUCUAUCCAUUGGCACAGACUGGGCUCACCAUGUCCGUGUAUCUAACUGUGUUGGUUUCCGUGCAUCGAUUUUUGGGUGUCUGUCAUCCGUUUUUGAUUCGAAGGGUCUCGAACAGCUCGGCAGUCAAAACAGUGAUUUUAUCAGCCGUAGCCUUCGCCUUCGUUUUCAAUACAUCUCGAUGGUUUGAACUGCAAUCAGUGCCUUGCUAUUCAAAACGACAUAAUAGAGAAUCACUAGUUGUCUACCCAACUGACUUCAUGCUGAACAGUAUCUAUACUGUAUUCUACCGUAAUGCAGCCUAUACGAUAGUGAUGUUCUUCUUGCCGUUUGCCGCUCUGACAUUUGUCAAUCUGCGAAUUAUUGGAACACUGAAAAGCUCUUACAAGAUGCGACGAAUGAUGACGAUGCUUCCAAAGAAGAAGCGAGACUCUAAAAAUCUCACAAUUGAUACGGUAGCCGUAUCACGAGCAGAUUCAUCAGCAACCAAUAUAACCACCCUGUUGGCUCCAAGUUCAACAAAUAUUUCGCACACUCCCGGAAGCGAACGAAAAGAAAACGGCGUGACGGUGAUGCUGGUUGCAAUCACUACAGAAUUUUUGUUAUUCAAUCUAUUGGCCUUUGCUAACAAUGUCCUGGAACUGACCGGUGCAUAUGGCCACUCACAAUUGGAAACAUUACUCGUUGAGGUUGCUGCUCUGCUCGUCAACAUCAACGGUGCUUCAACUAUUAUUAUUUACCUCAUAUUUGGUAGCAAAUACCGCGCACUUUUCGUGCAGCUUCUUGAAAGUGUUGGCAUCCACAAUUGCUUAAUAAGGAAGAAAUCGCUCUAUACUAGCCAAAGGCACUAUGAGACCACACAAUUGCUGGAUUCGAGGAAUGACGAUAGCAGGUGGAAGAGCCAGAGAUCAUGUGCCUACGAUAUGUCCGUGAAACCCAAGCGAAGUCAGACUUAA